GGUGGGAGGGGCCGGUUAGCGCGUUGCGGAAAGAUGGCGGAGGCCGACCUCGCUCAGAUCCCGGAUGUGGACAUCGAUCCCGACGGUGUCUUCAAAUACGUGCUGAUCCGAGUACGUUCUGCACGGGACUCCAACCCCGAUGGCAAGGACUGCCCAAGCAAAGAGAUCGUCCGCGGCUACAAGUGGGCCGAGUAUCAUGCUGAUAUCUAUGAUAAAGUGUCAGAGGAAAUCCAGAAGAAAGGCUUUGACUGUGAGUGUCUAGGUGGUGGACGAAUCUCCCACCAGAGCCAAGACAAGAAGAUUCAUGUAUAUGGCUACUCCAUGGGUUUUGGACGUGCUCAACAUUCACUCUCCACAGAAAAGAUCAAAGCUCACUACCCUACCUAUGAAGUCACCUGGGCUGAUGAUGGUUACUGAUGGGGCCCGGCUUGCUGCCUUCCUCGGCUGUCAGAGCUGGUCUUGAACUCUUGAGCCCCCCUUUGUGUUGUGUUGUCUGAAGAGGGCAUGUGAUUGAUACCUGGUGUUUGCCUCUCUUGUGCCUUCCAGUGCUGUGGUACCUAUCUGGGACCCACGGGGCCUUUGGGCACAGAGUCCCCAACUGGAAUUAAAAGUGGCAGCCCCCA